AUGAUUAACGUCGCGAUACAUACAAAUAAAUGCUGUUGGAGUUGCAUUUUAUAUGCUAAUAAGCGCACUCACAAUGUAUCCUCGAAAGAAAGUCCUAAUAGUGUAGCGAAACACGAUGAAACCGCACCGUAUCCAAUGCAAUUCGCGGAUGAUAUAGAACCUCAACAUAAGUUAGGCUAUAAAAUAUUAACUCCGAACUGUACAACAUUAGUUCUCAAGGGUUUGUAUAUGUUACCCGAAAUUAUAUUUGGUUUAAAGAAGAUGAAAAUGGACAUAAAAUGUGAACAUUUGGAAGACUCACAUUUAACUAAUAAACACUUUUAUAUAAGAAGCACAUUACAACCAGAUGGAUCAAAUAUAUCAAAGGUUGAAAGAGAAUAUAUUCCACCUGGUGAAAAUGAACAGAUACGUAAAGCAUACGUAAAACCUAUAGGGGCUUGGAUCAAUGUACCUUACGUGAUAGGUUCUGUAGCGAACGCCAGUUAUGACUUCUUGUUAGAACAAAAUGACCAGAAAAUUUUAUCUUUGGCCGAAAAUAUAUAUGGAGAUAUAGAUAUUCAAUGUGAUAUUAUCAAAACACCUGAAACAGAAAGAAUUGCAAAUGAAUACUUAAACAAAUAUUACAAGUUUUCUCCAUUACCUGAAGAAUUCAAUAAAUUUUGGUAUACUUAUGUUGAGAAUAAAGAGUUGUACAAAUAUGCAAAGCCUGAUGAAUCCAAAGAUAUUUAUGAUGAAAUUGUAAAGUUCAAGGACGAGAUGAAACAAUCAUUGGAUAAAUUUUUAGAAAACAAAACAGAAAUAUGGUCACCUGACCACGGAAUAAUGAAAGUGUCUCCCAAAGGAACUUCUGAUGAUAUAAUAUUUGACAGGAAACCUCACAUGAUUUGUGUAGGAAAGUAUUCAUUUUUUGGAAUUUUUCUGGGAUGGUGUUACCAGUACAGAAAUGUGACCAUGCGUUGGCGAUUAAUAGAUUUAUUUUUCAAUUACGUAAAUCCCAAUGUUUGCUGCGGUUACACACAGCUCGUUGAAAUGGAUUACGGUAUUGUGGAAAAAAAAGGAUCUACUUAUUUGAGAGGCUAUCUCACAGAAAAAGAUAAAAACGAUCCAGUCUUACCGUAUGUAAUUGGCGCAUUAUCAGGUUUUCGACUAACCUUUAUCUAUUAUUCGAGACUUAUGGCAAGAUCAGACAAACAAACCAUCAGAAAUGCAAGAAUUAUAAGAAAAUUAUCAAGAUUUCUAAACGAAAACAAAGAUUAUCAGCUUGGUACAACUGACGAAAAUAUUUUAGCAGAACAUUUACCACCUUUUUCAUUAUUAGCUUGUCCCGCAUUUGAAAAGAUAGUUACUGCAUUAGACAGCAAUCACCCUCUUGUUCAAGCAUUAAUGAAUAUUAGAAAUCUAAAAAAACAUUAUAUCGAAACGCAUAAUUAUUAUCCUCAAUAA